UGCCAUCGUAGGUGGACAGUCUCUCUAUGCCUACCUAUAUCUAUCCCCAAUAGCCAUUGUCUUUCUACAUCGAGAUGAUGACUCCGAUGCUCCUAGAGUGGUUCCUCUUUUCCUCUCUGGCUGCUGCCGAGUGCACCCGAGGCUUCCUGGUAGGACUCACCGACAAGUACGUGGCGGCACAGGCCAGAGGCUCCAGUGAUGAGGUGGUUAGGCUAACGGCACCCAACGUCACCUAUACCGAGAACGAAGCCCCAAAGGAUAUCGCCGAUGGCAUCCUGACGGAAUCCAUCCAGAUAGAUCACCACCGCAGCAUCCACGAUACUGUCAACUGCGCCACUUUUACCGAGAUCAUUGCUGCGAAUCAACCACACCCGUAUGUGAUCGGCACGCGCGUACUCCUCGAUGGCGAAAAUAAGAUUUCGCUGAUGGAGUCUAUUGUCACUGAUGCCGGAGAUUGGGCUUUCAACGCGACGGGCUAUUUAUACUGGAACUCACUCGAGAACUGGGAUCCCAUUCCAGAGGACGAGCAAGACAGCCGUGCGGUAAUCCAGGCAGCCGGGGAUGCAUAUUUCGAGAGAUUCAAGGACGAUACCGUAAAGGUGCCCUUUGGGAUACCAUGUUCCCGCCUAGAAGGCGGUGUUUCCACGGCGCCACUCAAUAUAACUGGAGACUCGUGCACGCUGGCAGGCAUGCCCUCAACGCUUGUAGUGACCAACCGUCGCUACGUUGUUGACGAAGUCAUGGGAGCCGUCGACAUCUACCUUGGCUUCCCCGGGUUAGAUCGAUCCCAGGGCCAGGCACCGAUGCCUGAUAGUCACCUAUUCAGAGUGGAGUCGGGAAAGAUCCGGUACAUCCACACCGUGUCGUCGUGUGUCACCGCAGGUUGUGGGAUGAACGGAACGUUUAUCCCUCUGUCGAGGCGCAGACGAGGACGCUCUUCAAGUCCCUGAAGCGGCCUUAGUUGGGUUGCCUUCGAAUUGGCCAUCUCGAGAAGGCAGGCGAUGUUCAGCUAGUUGUCUCUAAAUUAGUCUCAAGACCAUGCUAUAAACCGAU